GCAGCCGGUGAGAAGCCUGGAGAGUGAAGCAGAUGAGAUCGGGGCCUCUCCUGAAGUAGCGGGGAUAAGAUUUGGGAAUGGUAGGGAGGAGGCCGGCAAGGCCUCACAGUGGUACUCACACAGGUGAGUCAGCGGGACUCGGACUCCGAGAAACGCCUGCGGAAGGACCUGAAACGGACCAAGGCCCUGCUGGCGGAUGCCCAGAUCAUGCUGGACCACCUGAAGAACAGCGCCCCCAGCAAGAGGGAAAUCGCCCAGCUCAAGAACCAGCUGGAGGAGUCUGAGUUCACCUGUGCAGCUGCAGUGAAGGCCAGGAAGGCGAUGGAGGUGGAGAUCGAGGACCUUCACCUGCAGAUUGAUGACAUCUCCAAAGCCAAGACAGGGGUAAGAGCUCCAGCAUGGAGGGAGAUGGGAGGUUGGGGCUGGACACAGACCAGCACCCCUUUUAUUUUACAGAUAAGGGAACUGAGGCCUGGGUGGGGUGGCAUGGAUUCAUCCACGCAGGUGGUAAAUCUCAGAGAUGGGGUACAGCCCUCGGUCCCCUCACCUCGAAUCUGGCCCCAUCUCUCCCCUGCAUGCUGCCUCCUUCUGGGUUCUGAGGAUCAUCCAUCCAUCAUAGACUUUAGGGACCUCAGAGGCCCUGCAGUGUCACCCCUGUAUUUGAUAGAUCCAGGGCACGCCUGCAGCAAGCAUCAAUCAGGAUUUGAAUCCAGGCCCUCUGAUGUGCGAGCCGGUGGCUCUGCCUUUAAAUAGCUCCCAUCCCUCCUCUUUCCAGCCCCGGCUCAGGAGGAGAUCUGUGCCCCCGUGCAGGGGGCUUUGAUCAGGCUGGGAGAGAGGGCUUACCGAGGGGGUCCCGCCUCCCUAUUUAGCCACCUGCGUGGGGGGCUUGGCCACAGCCACAGCAUCGUAAAUAGAGGCGGGCGAUGUAAACGGGCACCUGGAGAUUCCCCCAAGUACCGGGGAGAGGCCACGAUGCUCUCCCCCUCCCUCCCUGCCUGCCCAGGCCUGGCCUGCUGAUGGAGAGCGCUCGGUAAUUAGAGCCUUUAUUUAAUGCCUCCUUUUAAUUCCUCGCCUCCC